AAAAAAUUCUUAAAAAAAUAAUAAAAAAUAAUUUAAAAUAUGUAUGUAUAUGAUUUAUAUAAUUCAAAUUUACUUAAAAAUAUUUCAAACGAAUAUAGUGAAUAUGAAAAAAAUAUAAUUAAUCAGACAUAUGGAUUAUGUUCUGAUUGUAAAGAACCAAAAACAUUUUGGGGAUGGUGUAAAAGUUGUAAUUCUAAAAGAUUUCAAAUGGCUUUUCAAUGGACUAGUGGUAAUGGAAUUAUUGAUAAAAUUAUAAAAGAUUCUCAAUUAACUGCAAGAAAUAAAAGAGAGGUUAUAGAAUGGAUUCCUUAUGAUCGUUUAAAAAAUAUCCAAUUCCAUGCUCGAGGUGGAUUUAGUACUGUAUAUCUUGCUAUUUGGUUAGAUGGACGUAUUAGGACUUAUUGGAAUAAUGAAACAAAUCAACUGGAUAGAAAAGUUUUUAAACUUAAUGAAGAAGAUUUUAAAAAUGCAAGGAACAAAGAGACGAGAUCUCCUCUACAAAAAAAUGAAAAAACUGGUUUCCAUGUUGUAUUGAAAUGUUUAAAUAAUUCUUCUAAUGAUACUGAAGGAUUUUUAAAUGAGUGGAAAAAUUAUUUAAAAUUUAUAUAUUCAACCAUGAAUAAUAAUUGUGAUUCAAUACGAUUAUACGGAAUAACUCAAGAUCCGGUGACAUUAGAUUAUAUGAUAGUCAUGGAAUAUAUGAGUUAUGGUAGUUUAAGAUCUAAUUUGAUGAUAAAAAAAUAUAAUCCGUACGAUAAAUUUAACAACUUGUAUUUCAUUGCAAGAUCUCUAUCAGCCCUACAUAAGUGCGGUUUAAUACAUGGUGAUUUUCAUAGUGGUAAUAUACUUUUACAGUCUCAUAGGUAUGCUUAUAUAAGUGAUUUUGGAUUAAGUCGAUCUGCUCAUAAAUCUGAUUCUAAUGAAGUUUAUGGAGUACUUCCUUAUAUUGCUCCAGAGGUAUUACGUGGAAAACCAUAUACCAAAGCUUCUGACAUAUAUUCUUUUGGUAUUAUAAUGUGGGAGAUGACAUCUGGGAUUCCUGCUUUUAACAAUGUACCUCAUGAUUUUUAUCUUUCCAUAGGAAUAUGUAAAGGAAAUAGACCAGAGAUUAUUGAUGAUACAGAACCUGAGUAUGUUGAAUUAAUGAAAAAAUGUUGGGAUUCUGAACCUAACAAAAGACCAUCAGCCGAAGAUCUUAUUGAAUGCUUUAAAAAAAUGCGUUCACAAUAUUAUUCUAAUUAUGAUAGAGUACAAGUGCCAGAGAACGAAGUCAUUAUUCAAAACCAUCCAUUAUCUUGUUAUACGAGUAGAAAAAUUAAUUAUUCUACAGAAUUAAACGAGAUUUUGAAGUCGAGUGAGUCGAGUGAAAGCUUAGAACAUUGUAGGGUUAAUGAAGUUGAUUAUUUAUAUCCUGUAAGGGGUUCGGUGUAAAGAUAAAGUUACAAUACUCAAAUAUUUUCAUGUAAUAAUUAUCAGGGUAGUCGCGAUUUAUUUACUAUAUACUGUAUUUAUAAAAUUAUGUGUUUAAUAUUAUAAAAAUAUCUUUUUAGUUUGAAAUACCGUUUCGAAUUUGAAAAAUAGCGCGUGACUUU